AUGAUUAAUCUACGCUCCGUCGUUUUGAUGGGAAUAUCCUACGUUGUGAUACCACGCCUCACUUUCCUGCCGCAAAACAUCCAUUCCAUCCUCAUCAUCUUCGGGCCCUUCAUUCUACCCCGCGCUUUCGACUUGUUCACGACAGCCAGGGCGACUGAUCACCGUGCGCAUGCGCCUGUACGACCGGUUCCACAAAGAGUCAAGCAUGCACUGAACCUGUUGUUCUUGAGCGCAUGUCUCUUCUUCGUCUUGUCCUUUGCACGCUUCGCGCCUGAGAACAUCUUCCUACAGACACGAAGCCAUAUAAGGACAGAGACGAGCGUAUUGUUUGCACGACUCCGCCAUCUGCGACCGCUUACCGCCGACGACGAAGCGCUACGCGUCAAAUUCAAUUAUGCUCGCAACAAGCUGUUGUACCUUACCUAUGGACCAGAUUCGGUGCUGAACUGCAUCUGGUGUGCAGAUGCCAAUGAGGACGACCAGCUGUACUACUUCCUCUACACACUGCCAGCCAUCCUCACGCCACAUAUAUUCCAACUUGGUGCACUCGGUCUAGCGACCUCUUCACUUGUCGGAGCCGAAGGGUCGCGGUUUCGCACGCAUGCCAUUGUCGUUGGCCUGGUCAUGCUUUUGUGCGAGUGUUCGUACAUGGGGCUCUACGAUCUCCAAGCCAACAAGCGGGCAAUUACCACGAAAGAGUUAGAUUUUGCCUUUUGGCGCGUGCGGUUCCUACGCUACAUGGCCUUCGCACUUGUAGAUCUUGCAUUUGCGCUCCUCCUCUGGGUCACGAGUACGAAUCGAUGGCUUGCAAAGCCCAUUUCUGUGGCCGAACGCCUCGAACUAGCGACCAAACAAUCCGAGGACACACUGAACAAACUACGCGCACUUGGUCUGCUCAGCAACUCGGUGAAUCGCGAUGCAACAUUGCGAGGCGUGCGGGAGGAGUACUGGCGGACAGAAGGACAAGUCAUGGCAGAAACGAUCCAGGACGAGGCCGUGGCCGAGCAGAUCAACGCUGCGAUUAGCAAAAUGGACUUUAGCUCGCUACAAGGACGGGUCGGGGAAGUUGCAGAUGGCAUUCUCAGAGGCAUCGAUGGCCUUCGAUCAUCUCAGAUGAUGCCUGAGCGUGAACCGACGAAACCUGCCAUCGUCGUACCGCAGGCCAUGCCCAAGCCCACCAUUGUGUUUUGCGCGAGCAACUCCAAUGAGCACCACCGUUGCACCAAUGAGUUCCAGCAUCGCAAUCAUGUGCUUGAACUUGACAUGACCGUCACCGAAUCGUACAGCAUGUAUGAUGGUCGACAUUGGCUUCCCCAUGACUCUUACGGCGGCAAAGUCGUACACUGA